UCAAAGUAAUGUCAAAUGCGGUAUAUAAACUCAAGCUGUCGUGUCGGUUUGCUUGGUUAUUAGCUUAUAAUAAACUGAAAAAGGAUAUUUUAUAUCCUUAAUCACCAAAGACCCAAGAUGAAAUUCGACGAAGAUUUAAUUGUGCUACUUAUUCUGCUAUUUUCAUGGGUAGAAUACCUAUGGGAGCUGUACUUGUCAUUGCGGCAGUUGAAGAUAUACAAGACUAAUAAUACUAUACCAGAAGACUUGAAAGAAAUGUUAAAUGAAGAAUCAUUCAAGAAAGCACGAGUUUAUGGAAUUGACAAAUCACGGUUCAAGAUAAUCAAAGAGUUUUACAGUAUAGCAUUAACAUCUGUGAUCUUAUAUAAUAGAUGGAUUUAUGUGGCAUGGCACAAAUCAGAAAACAUUGCCGCUUCAUUAAAUAUUUCUCCAGACAGAGAGAUUCUAGUCAGCUGUGUAUUCAUGACUUUUGUCACAUUAUUCAACUUUGUCAUCAACAUGCCAUUCACUCUCUAUAGCAUCUUUGUGCUGGAACAGAAACAUGGCUUUAACAAACAGACAGCUGGUUUCUUCAUAAAGGACCAAAUAAAAUCUUUAGUGCUUAGCCUUGUAAUCACACUACCUAUUAUAUCCAUAGCAAUAUAUAUUAUAAUGCUUGGAGGAAACAUGUUUGUAGUCUGGCUCUGGUUGUUCACAACAGUCGCCACUCUCAUAUUAUUAACUAUAUACCCUUCAGUUAUUGCACCUCUAUUUGACAAAUUUGUACCAUUACCUGAUGGCUCCCUAAGGAAAGGAAUUGAGAAUUUAGCUUCCAGACUUAAUUUCCCAUUGUCACAAGUGUAUAUUGUAGAAGGGUCAAAGAGAUCUGCACACAGUAAUGCUUACUUCAGUGGCUUAUUUGGAGCAAAGCGGAUUGUAUUAUUUGAUACAUUGCUUGAAAAGUAUGAUGAAGAAAAGAGAGUAACUACUGGAUGCACUGAUAAUGAAAUUUUAGGAGUACUGGCUCAUGAGCUUGGCCACUGGAGCUGCAGUCACAUUUAUAAAUCAAUUGUCCUCACUGAAGUUAACUUGUUACUGCUUUUUACUGCAUUUGGUUUGUUAUUCAAGUACUCUAUGCUGUACACUGCCCUUGGUUUCCCUGCUGGCCAGGAACCAAUUAUAAUUGGUCUAAUUGUAGUUUUACAGAUGAUCCUUGCACCAUACAAUUCUAUUCUAUCCUUCUUUACAACAGCUCUUUCUAGGAAGUUUGAAUUUGAAGCUGAUAACUUUGCUGUAUCUCUGUCAUACCCUAGAGAGCUACGGUCUGCUUUACUUAAGUUAGGCAAAGACAAUUUAGAUUAUCCAAUUUAUGACAAAUUGUAUUCAGCUUGGUACCACUCACACCCAACAUUGUUACAUAGAAUUGAAAAUAUAAGGACCCAAACUGCAAAUGAAAAGAAAGAGUAAUGUUUGUAAAGUAUAUUUAGAAUGUACAAUUCAUAUGUUGAUGCAUUUUUAACAGUACAAGUAAAUUAAACCUUGUGUAAUAUAAAUGUAAAUUGCAUUUUUUAGUUUAUUCUCAUCCAGUUUAUUUCUCUACACUAUAUUCAAAUGCUCAUGACUGAAGUCAUUCACAAAAUGAUAAUUUCACAAAUGCAUGUAAUUACCGUAGAUCAAAGCAUUGUAUCAAUGCUAUAAACCCCAUACAUCUAAGUCAUGGUAUGGCAUUUUUAACCACUUAAAAUUCAAGGGCCAAGUUGCCAUGUUUUAAAGUAAUCUUGCAGUUGUGAAAAUUUGACAGCGUAUCACACUGCGCUUAGUGGCGCCACUGUUCCACGCUUGUACUAAUAUUACUGGUGGUGGCCUCUCCAUAAGUUUAAAGUAUUUGUUCCUAAAGUUAUCAUAAUAAUUUGCAUGUGUAGUAGAACACCAGUUAAUUGUACAAGAAACACUGCAUUUAUUUUGCAUUGAGCAAAUAUCUACAUACAUUCGUAGUUAUUGUAUUUAUUUCUUAUGAGAUAUGUAUAAUUAAGUAGGUGUAUGUAUAAAUAAUUACUUUUAUACAUAUGCAGUUUUUAUAUGAAGCUAUUCAAUAAACAUACUAAUAGCGACA